GGCCCAGACCACUCCUUGUGUUAAGCAACGAAGCUGAAAUAACAAUAGAAGCGUUGCAGAGUCCAAAUAAAACAAAAUCGUUUGUGGGCGAUUUGAAAAAUGCUUUGGCUGUCGAUUAUUGGUUGGAAGGAAAUUUAGUAUUUUGGACAGACACGGUGCUACGAACGAUUACGUCAGCGAGUUUGAACGGUACAAUGUCAAAAGAUGUGGUUAAAUUUGGUUUAGAAAUACCUUGUAAGUAGUAUUUACCAGAAAAUAUCUGUAAGUCGGCCACUAUUUUAACAUUGCACACCUUUAUACUGCGCAUCGUUAAACGAACGUUUGUCGAAAAAGUCUCGACAAACUGCUUUUAUGCAUUAUUUCAGAUUUCAAAAGGCAAUCAGGCAAUGGCUAAGAAAACUUGCAUGCUAAAGUUUUAUUUUUCCAAUUGAUAUACAAGUACUUUGAGGUUGCCCGUUAAUAACAUUAUUAUUAUAAUAAAUAUUAUUACGUGAGAGUACAGCGCUCAUUCUCACAACUUUUAUUCCCGCUGAAGCUAGUAAAGCGCCCUAUGAAAUGCCCUCAUAUUCCUAAGUGAAGCCUACAGGCAGUAAGUUUUAAAUUUCUUACUUUUAAUACGAAUACGCCAAUACUCGACUUCAUUUCCAACAGUAAUUUACUGCCGUUGCGUUCUAGGUGGUCUGGCUGUGGAUUGGCUUGGCAGAAAGAUAUUUUGGGCAGAUUCUGAAAGUGGCAGAAUAGAAUUGUCCAAUUUAGAUGGUACUCAGAGAAAAGCGAUUUUUUGGCAACCUCUUGGAAGGCUAAGAGCUAUUGCGUUACACCCCCAUAAAGGGUAAGUAUUGUGAAAGACGCAUAUGUUCAUAUCCUAAACACGUACAAUUAUUACCUUUCCCAGCUUGGGUGGGACGUCAUUUUAAUUUCAAAUAUCCUUUAAAGGUUUUCUUGUGUUGGUGUUAUGUACUCAGGUGAAUAUGAUGUUGAUGAUGUUACUCUGAGUAUAUAUCCACACCUGGCAAGCUUGAAAAAAUCAUGAUUACUAGAUUGCAUUGAUUUCGAAGGAACUAGACUCAGUUGGCAGAGUAUUGGGCUAGUAUUCCAAAGGUCGUAGGUUCGACACCCACCGUGGCCAGACAUAUUUUUCAAGCUUGCCCGGUGUGGAUAUAUACUCAGAGUAACAUCACAAACAUCAUAUUCACCUGAGUACAUAACACGAACACAGAAAAACAGGGUGUUAGCUAUCCCAUAUACUGUCCAUUUGACGGACUCUUCCCAAUUGAAGUAGCCAAGGGGCUUUCCCAACUGGGUCUACUGGAAGAUUUUCAUUUUUUCUGAUGAGAAAGUGCAUUGCAUUUGAUUUUAUAUUAUUAUAUCAAAGAACGUUUUAUUUACUUUUUCCAUUAACUAUUUUUUCAAAAUGUAUCGCGUUUCAUUCAUAUUGCGUGUGUAUUCAUUGAAAUGAAAUGUACAAAACAAAGUGUAAUCGGUGUCCAUCCGUGUUCAUUCACCGGAAAUGAAAUAGAAAAAACCAAGCCACUGUUGUUUGCCUUGUUUGCAUCUAAGAGGACUUUGAUCGGUCAAAAAACGUUUACGUUUAACGGACAAAACAUUUUUUUCUGGCUAACACCCUGAAAAAUCAUUAUACCUAGAUUGCAUUGGUAUCGAAAGGACUAGACUCAGUUCCGAAAUAGGCUAUCACAUACUCGAACCGGCCUGACCGCGUAGCUCAGUUAGCAGAGCUUUGGGCUAGUAUUCCAAAGGUUGUGGGUUCGAUUCCCACCGUGGUCAGACAUAUUUUUCAAGCUUGCCCGGUGUGGAUAUACACUCAGAGUAACAUCACAAACAUCCUUUAAAGGGAUGUGGCAAUAAAAAUCUAGUUUGACUGAGCUGUCUCAUUUGAAAGAACUGUUAAAUUUAUGGCAAGAACUAUUUUACAGCAUCUUCAAAUCUUUCUUAGUUCUCGAAAUAUUUUGACCGAAAUCAUCAAUCGGGAACAAACCAGAGCCCAGAGGUGAAAAGUGCAAUGAUAUCUCGAGCUGGCCAACCAGUCUAAUAGACCUUUUCGGUAAUUACAUCACGACUAACACUGUUUUCAACUUAGGACCACCUUAAAUGGAAUAGAUUUCAAGUUUGUUUCUCACGGGCUAUGGUCAGAGAAGCAGAACAUCCUUUGUCAACACAUGCAUGAAAAAUAUUUUUGGAUUUUGACCAAUAAAUGUGGAAAUAAGCUUAAACACGAAAACGAGGCAGAGGAGCCAUGGCCCUCAUGGCUUUUAUGCAUUAUUUCAGAUUUCAAAAAGCGAUGAGGCAAUGGCUCAGAAAACUUGUAUGCAAAGUUUUAUUUUUCCAGUUGAUAUACAAGUGCUUUCACGUUGCCCGUUAAUAACAUUAUUAUUAUAAUAAAUAUUAUUAUGUGAGAGUACAGCGCUCAUUCUCACAACUUUUAUUCCCGCUGAAGCGUCCUAUGAAGCGUCCGUCAUCAGGGGCGUAGGAACCAGGGGGCACAGGGGCACGUGCCCCCCCCCCCCCCCCAAAGUGCCCUUUAGUGCUUUUUUGUGAUGAAAAGUGCCCUUUUUUGUGAUGAAAAGUGCCCUUUUUGUACAAGCUAAUGUCGCUGUAAAUACUAACUUAACAUCAAUGGUGUUCUUUUUGUUUUUUAAAAAAAAUUGAGCAAAAACGUGCAAUUUCGGUAUUGUACGACGGGAAAAUUUUUCUCUUCCCCCCUCCCCCCUCCAUCGCCAGCAUUUCCGGGAAAAUUUUUUUAGGUGCCCUUUUCAAUACCCUAAAGUGCCCCUAGAAGCCGGUGCCCUCCCCCCCAAUCUUUUGAUGCUUCCUACGCCCCUGGCCGUCAUAUUCCUAAAUGAAGCCUAUAUACAAUAAGUUUUCUUACUUUUAAUACUUUUACAGCCAUUGCCUUCCAGGUGAUCCUUCGUCAUGCAUGAAAAAUAUUUUUAGAUUUUGACCAAUAAAUGUUGUUACAUGAUAAUGCUUAUAUCAUGUAAUUUUACAUACUAUUAUAUUAUACUAUAUAGCUUAUACUUUAUAUUCAUAUUAUUAACCGAAUAGCUUACAUGCAUGAGUAAGCAAAUAGUUUUAAAGAUUAAGAUGUCCCACAACUAACGUAGCGGACAUGACUCGGUUUGGCGUUGGCCGAUUUGUGGUUACUGAGACUUGCUUCAACGAACUGUAUUGCGUAGGGGAAAUGAGUCGUAGUUUUGUAGUUUCUUCCCCUAUAGCAGAGCGUAUAAAAGCCUGAGCACAGCUAGACAAUUCAUGCAUUAUUCAUAAGGCGAAAGCCUGAAUAACAUCGCCGUGAAGAUAUAUAGAAAUUACAAGUUAAUAAAGAAAGAUUUAAAAGGAUUAUACGAAGGCGAAGAUAUAUUAAAGAUAAAGAAUUGUCAGGAAUUGAAGAGUUGUGCUCAGUCGUGAAAAGAGAUAAGUUUGAACAGUACAUUAUUAUUAAGAAUUAUAUUAUAUAAGUAAAAGUUAUAGAGACGCUAAUUAUUGAGAUUUGAGUAAUAUAUAAGUAAGAAAUAAAUAUAUCAUUGAAAGUAAUUGGUUUCACAAUCUUUGUUGCGAGCGAAUAGAACCAAAAGCGCGGCCAAAUAAAAUAGUAAGGACCGGCUCGUAACAAUGUGGAAAUAAGCUGAAACACGAAAACGAGGCAGAGGGACGUUUAAGCUUAUUUCCACAUUUAAUACUCAAAAUCCAAAAUUAUUUUUUAUGCAUGUGUGGGCGAAGGAUGUUGUGCUUCUCUGACCAUAGCCCAUGACAAACAAACUUGAAAUUGGUCCUAAGUUGAAAACAGUGUGGUUGUGACGUAAUUACCGGAAAGAUCUAUUACGAUUAUUACGCUAAAUGCAAUAUCCACCAGUUGUACGGAGUACAGUAUCAUUAAUAGCAUAUAAUGGAAGAGAGGCAAGGGACUAUUUGAAACGUACCAUAUACCCGAGUGAAUGGUUAAAACACGACGUUAGUCAACCUGAAAUUAAAGUUUCCGUGUUUCUUACAAAAUUGGCUAAUUCCAAGAAAAGAAUGAAUUUUCCUCAAAAUCUCAUUGGAAUUUUUUUUAUUCUCAGUUGCCAGUUUUUUAGUGUUUUUUCACCUUUGAAAAAUAUUGGAAACGAUUUAAUGGCUUUUGCUUUCUCCUGUGUGAAAAAAAAAAUUAAUCUGUUCUUUUUAAUUAAGCUACAUGUUCUGGACGGAAUGGGAUACAGGAGAAAAAUUUACCAAAUCAUCAAUAGCACGUGCACACAUGGACGGUACAGACGUUAUGAGGAUAAUAUAUCAAGAUAUUUAUUGGCCAAAUUCACUUGCUGUGGAUUAUAUACCUGAAAGAUUAUUCUUCGCCGACGCAAAGAGAGGACUAAUCGAGUCAUCAGAUCUUGGUAAGUUGUUACUGUUUACUACUUGUCUAUAUAUCUUAAUUCAAACAGCUGGAUUUUUUAUAAUGAAGACUGAAAAGGUGAUUGAGUAAAAAAUUCAAUGACUUUCCGUGUCUUCAGUCUUUCCGUGAAAAAUCCAGCUUCUAUUGUAGAGAUGUGCACUGAACAAAAUUGGACAGAAAAUAACUUUAUUUUAACAAUUACUGACGAAGGCGAGGUGAUUACAAUCUUUUAUUAUAUGGCAAGCAUCACUUCCGGUGAAAUGGCGGACUGUGAUUGGCUGAGAAGCACUUUCAGCGGUUCAUUAUUUUCCCGUAAUGGACCAGCGGUCCAUUACGUAAAAACAAACGCAUGCAUUUUAAAACAAAACGGCAAAACUAAUUGAAAAUUUUAAUUCAAUUCGUUAUUAAUAAGAUAUUUGCGAAUAGUUUUAAGUGGAAAGGAAGGAUUACGUUAUCAUUAGUAAUUUUGUUUUCUUCGAUCAAAUCUGUACCACGGCUCUAAUAUACAUUUCAAAUUAUGCAUUUCUUGUUUGUUUCGAAUAUAAAUGCCAUAAAAUAAACUUUUAUUAAUCGCUUGCUUCGUCUUUACAGGGAAAUAUCGGACCUCGGUCUUUUUGAACAAACCUCGCCCUAUACGAGAUCUGUACAAAAAAGACCUCGGUCCGAUAUUUCUCUGUAAAGACCUCGCGCUCAGUUGAUAAGAAGUUAAUACAAACGUUGUAAAUAUAAUUUACUUCACUCUUCCGCUUUUGAGUCAAACGAAUCCAGCUGUCGGAACCUUGUCGCUCGAUUCUGUUGUUAGGUUAACACCAUAUAUUGUUGCUUCUUUUGGUUUUAGAGGAAUAGUAAGUAUAUGUGCCUUCAAUUUCUUCAAUUUUUUCUUCGAUGAUUUGUUUGCAACUUGAAAGGAAUAGUUACUAGAUUAUUAGUUAUUGAGGAGUUUAUUAUUUAAGAAUAACAUAUUUUAUAGUGAUGAGUUGCUUAUAAGGCAGCGUUCGAAUCAAUGAAAAAUGCAUUAAUAUAAAGAUGGCUCACUUUUUCGGAUGGCAAAAUGUUUGAGGCAACCAUUUACUCAUCCGUUUACAAAUUAUGUACAAAAAAGUUUAAUUAAAUGCUUAGGAAAACAUUCAACGUAACACAAUCGAUGUGAUUAUUACAAAAAAUACAGAAUUUGAAUUAACCAAUAUCGUCCUUGUCAUGUAAGAGUCUUGUAAUAUAAGAACUAAUUCAUUUAAUUUCAUGUAUAUUCAUUUUACGUAUUUAUUAUUUCAUUACCAUGUCAGAUGGAAGCAGUCGUCGCGUCAUCAUGAGGAGUAUUAUGUUACAACCAUUUUCAAUCACUAUAUUUGAAGACCAGUUAUAUUGGACGGACACAGCUAGAAAGGCAAUUUUUCAAGCAAGUAAGUUUGAUGGAAGCGGAAAUCACAUGAUAAGAAGAAAUGUAAAAUCUCCAAUGGGGAUUUCAAUAAUCCACAGAUCACGACAAGCGCAUGGUAAGUUAAUUACAAGUAAUUGUUAUAUAUAGCUAGGAUGCCAAACGUGAUUGGCUGAUUUGUGGUCAAGUUCGUGGCUUUAGAUAAAUGCAAUGUAUCCCGCCGCGGGCAACAAGUGAAAAAUUGUUGCCCGCCCCGAUCAAUAGCCCGACGAGGCGGCUACAUAAACUACGAUUUUCCAAGUUUGUGUUAAAAUAUAAAUGUAAAAGAGAAGGAAUUACACAACAGGAACAGGAUAUGCCGCUGAAACCGUUUAAUUUAAGUGGGUUAUUUUAAUUUUAUUCUCGUUCACACUGUCGAGUUUUGGUCAUGAAAAUGAUAAAAUACAAUUAUUGUAGUACGAAUGUUGUUGAUUUUUUCUUUCGUCGCUAUAUAACAAAAUACUUGUCAGUUUCCCAGGGAAAUAGUUAAUUUUGUUCACCCUCGAAUCUCAAAGUUUUUCUGGACCUUAUCUCGGGAAACAUUGAGACACUCGAGAAAACAAAACUAACUAUUUCCCUCGGGAGCAGACAUUAGGUGUAUAUUAUGUAAAACUCUAUGCAAAUUUUGAAUAAUAAUGCAUUUGCACCAUAGAUAUCUUAAUACACUAGGUAGUGCAUCUAAUUAUUCUGCAAUUCAAAAAUUGAAGCCGUGAUUGCCGACUCAGGAUAUUCCAAUGAAAUGUGUAUGUUUUCUAUCACUUAAACAGCGAACUUAAACAUUAAAUUAAACCUAUUCCAAAUACAUUUUCAAACUAUUCAAAUGAUGAAAGUUAUUGUGGUUUUUUAAGCGUUUAUUAGCGAGUGGGAAACCCCAACAUGGCCGCCAUCUAUUCAAAUGGGGGUAACCGCUGGAAUAUUCUUGGCUUCAAUUUACUAAAAGAGAUGCGCUAUCUAGUGUAUAUACGAUAUCUAUGAUUUGCACUUUGUGUCGUGUCAGUUAGAACACAAAGUAUUGUUGGUAAUGCGUGGAACGCUUCCUGAAUAGAUUGAUCAAGUUCAAAAUAAAUUACUCCUCACGGUUUUGGAAUAUAAAAUUAAAGACUUUGAGAAUUUAAGUUUACCUGACCAAAGUUAUGAGGCAUAACCAAUUUAUAUUCGUAAUAUACUUAGUGAGCUGCAUAUAUUUCUGGAGUGAAAAUUCACGUCCAAAAGUCGAUGAAGUCAAAGAUGGCGGAAAUUAAAUUGACAUCCAAUGCCAGUCACUUUGCCUAUCAUUUUUGUCUUCUCCGCUGGCAUGACGCUGAAGGAGUGUGCCGAAAUUGUUUGUUUUGACUUCGAUUUAAAGAAUAACGUUAUGAUUUAGGAAUGAUAACUUGAUUAGGGAUAGGAACCGUUAAAAAACACUAGAAUUAGCCGCGGAAAAUGGUAUGAGAAAUGACGACCUUCAUAAUUUUGAAAUUCGAUUUCCGCCAUCUUGGCUUCACUUUUCUUACAAACCAAACGACAGUUUGCAUACAAGGAAGGUCACAAUUCGAUUAUGGCUCUGAUCAAGUGCCAACACACAUGGUUAAGAUGGUUAGAAGGAGAUGCAAAAUAUGUCAGAGUAUUAUCUUUUGACUUUCGCAAAGCAUUCGAUAGCGUUCCACACGAUAUUUUAUGUGAGAAGCUUAAGAAGCUCCCCAUCAACCCAUAUGUUACUAAUUGGCUGAUUAGUUUUUUGGAGGAUAGGAAACAGAGGGUAGUGGUUGAUGGAAUAGAAACUGAAUACUUGAACAUUAAUCGAGGUGUUCCCCAAGGAACAGUUCUGGGUCCUGUCCUCUUUUCGAUCAUGGUGAAUGACAUCAAAACAGUUAACCCCAUAAACCAGUUAGUUAAGUUCGCGGAUGACAUGACAUUAGAAGUACCAGGGAAUGAAAACGGAGAUACAUCCCAAGCCGAAGUGGACAGUAUACAAACAUGGUCUGAAAAUAAUCGAAUGUCCUUAAAUAUGGAACAGACGUAUGAAAUAAUUGUUAGGAGAAAUAUCCCUACGCUGUUGCCUGAUCCUUUUCCAUUUAUUAAACGAAGGACGUGGUUAAAGAUUUUAGGAAUUACAUUACAGGAUCUCCCUUCCAAGUGGGAUUUGCAUUUUGAUGAAAUGUUGAAAAAAGCCAGUGCGAGAAUGUACAUAAUGCGUGUCUGUAAAUACUAUGGCUUCCCAAUCAAACAACUGGACAUGCUGUUUAACACUUUAAUUAUGCCUAUAAUCACUUACGGCAUAGAACUUUGGGGAGGCGCAUACUUCAAUAAAUACAUUAGUCAAAUAGACAAAUUCAUCAAUCGCGCUCACAGAAAUGGUUACAUAUCGGAAAAAUGGAAUAUUAAGGAGAUAAGCAUCAAAAGGGACAAGAAACGUUGGGAUAAAGUAAUACAUAAUAAAGAUAAUGCACUACAGGAGCUUUUACCAGAUAAAUUAAAUAGACACCUUAGGCCAAGGGGACACGAGUUUGAACUUCCAUUAGUGAGAACAGAGCGAUUUAAAAGUUUUUUUGUAAAUCGAUGUUUGUUUAACUUUGUUUAACCAAUUUUAACCUUUACCUUUUUAACAUUAUUAAUAUUUUUAUCCACAACUGUAUACAUCUAGUUAUUACCUUAUAGAUAUCAAUAAUUUUAUCUUAUAUAUUUUUAUAAUGUAAACUUACAGACGGGUGUUCUUGAGUAUGAAUAAAGACUGUUAUUAUUAUUAUUAUUAUUAAAAUUCGUACUCCCUGCCUCCUUCGCAGACCCUCGUUGUGUCAUGGGAAGGUCACGAUUUCGAGAGGGCCUGUGGAAUCUUGUAAAAUGAAUAAUGUUGUUCUAAACCUGCUUCGUUAAAGAAGGCAGUUUUAUUCGUGCAACGUUGGUGUGGACAACAAACCUUAUCGUUAAAAAAUGCUUCCUUCCACGUCCUAAGAGUCCCCAGUUUAAUUUACAAGUUUCUCGCCGCUUUUUUAUCUGUUUAUAUUCAAGAUUAUGUAGAAAUUUACUUUCUGACGUGACGCUGGCGCUAUUUUUUUUACAAGAUUCAGCAGGCCCUCGCCAGAUCGUGACCUUCCCAUGACGCAACGAGGGCCUGCGGAGGAUGCAGUCGUACUCCAGGGGCCGGUUAUUCAAAGCUGGGUGCCUGGGUUAGCUUAACACUAUGCAGUAGUAUUUUAAGUUAAAAUUCAAAGCAAACGUCCCAAGAGCUUGUAUAUAAAUUUGGAAAUAUUUCUUCAGAGAUCGUGUCCUAGGGCCAACCUCGCAAGCCAGGGUCUUUUACUUCCGCACGGCGAUCGAGCGCAGGUAAAGACCCUGGCUUGCGAGGUUGUCCUAGGGCCUGUUGAUAUGAUCCCGCUUACCGAUGAUCUCGCCGCGGCGCCGCCGAGUUAUUUUCCUACAAAAUUUUGCAUUGUGUUCAUCGAGAUCUCGUUUUGCCGAGAUCAUAGGUAGGCCGGGUGAAAAAUUUUCCAUAUGAACACGCCAGCCCGCUUACUGGGAUGAAGUCAAACAAGUCUUGCCGUUUAAUUUAACACUUUACUUAGUUUUAUGUUUGUUUUGUAAACAAGUAUUAAAUAUGCACCUAAAGCAAAUACUUUUUCUUGUAAAUAAACGAAGAAAAGCACUAAAAUCGCUAAAUAUUUGUGUUACUUGACUGAAAUGCAGAAGUUUUGCAUACGCUAAUUAUAGAACUACAUUGUAAUUUUAUCUCGGCAAGCGGGACGAAAUAAUGCAUAUGAACGCACGGAAAUAUUCGUCUCGGUAAGCAAGACGUCCCGGUAAGCGGGAUCAUAUGAACAGCCCCCUAAUCAGUAUGAGUUUUCUUCUCUGAAGUUUUGAAAUAAACCGACGCGCAGAAAUAUAUAAACCAAAACAGCAGAUUAAAUUUUAACCGAGGCUUAGCGUUAACCCAGCUUUGACCAACUGGCCCCAGAUGUUCAUAGAGCUCACUGGAUUUACCAUUUUCAGAUAGUUACAACUGUGGAAAAGAUAAUGGUGGAUGCAGUCACAUUUGUCUACCAUCAUCAUCUGGACGGAGCUGUACGUGUCCAACUGGAUUUCAGAUGUUAAAUUCCACCCAUUGUGCUGAAAGUGAGUAAGUCUACAUUUUGCAAAUGUUAGUCGAAAAGGGACUGUGAUAUCGCAGCACUAGUCGUGACUGAAUAUCAACAACUUUCAUUUUCUGGUCCUGCAUGCACGGGUUUGAUUGCUGUUCCAUGUUUCAAUUAAAGGACAUAUAAAAAGAAUAUUCACGUGCAGAGUAAGUAAGAAUAUAUAAAAAAAGUAGCGCUCGGAAAUAACCUCACCUUGUGGUCACGGUUUUCUGCGGAGGUUUUUUUUCGGUUUUCGAAGGAUACAUUAAUGUGUUGAGGUUUUGUAGCGUUAAUAUGUAUCCAAACAAAGCUCUAAUGUUUUAUAUUAUUUCUUUUUUGAUAAGAAAUUGACAAGUUCGUUGCUUAUGUUGGGGAUUAUGUCGUACGUCAAAUCUCUCUCGAUACAGACGACAUGCUGGAUGUUGUGUUGCCAUUUGAAUACGUGGUCGACGUAAUUGCAAUGGACUGGGACCCAAUUACUGAUGCAAUGUAUUGGGCAGGAAGUUAUGAUGAUGAAAUAACCAUAAGGAAAGGAAAAAUGAGACCGCCGUAUUACGAGGUUCCUAAACAUGUUAUUUAAAAACUUCAUUUGAAAUCUGGCAUCUACCUUCCUAUUCCUAAAGAUAUACAUAGUGAAAGGUUUUCGAACUUGGUAUGAAAUAUGGAAUAUAGAUUUCGCUAGUUUUUGUGGCAACUGAACCUGGGUUAAAUAAUCUGUAGAUUUGAGGUAACAUGUACAUACAUACUGUGUAUACGCAGAAAUUGUGGGUUCUACAGAGAAGUGGUACUCCUAAAGGAAUGGUUCCGGAUUAUAUUCAAAAUGCAUUUCCCAGAAAAUUAUUUCCUCCCCCCCAAAUAAAAUCCCCAGAAAAUGAUCUCCUCCCCCUCUUCAGGCCUUCAAAAUAAGAGUUCCUUCCAGGAUAUAACAGCCUUCCGAAAAUAACAUUCUCUAUAUAUAGGGUGCAUGUUUCGAAACAACAGGGAAUUAUUAGUAAAUUUUUCAAAUCACAACUUAUGAUAUAGGCUGUGGUUCAAAAAAUUUCUGGGAAGUUGUCUGGAAUUGGUGUCGACUGGUUGACAAGAAAACUGUACUGGUCUGAGGAAGAAAGAAAUCAUAUUCUAGUUUCUACUCUUGAUGGCAGCUCGUCAACUGUUGUAUUAUGGAGGAAAAUUGUUAAACCAAGAAACUUAUUGCUACACGUCGAGAAGAGGUAAUGUGCAUAAUUAUAUUUCUGUAGACAACAGCGGAUUGAGAGAGAACUUCCGACAAAGGGUCUUCACUCGAAACGUCGUAAUUCUGCUUGUAUUUUUCAGGUAGUGUUGUAAGGAUAGUAACAAUAUAGUUAACUAUGAUACUGCAUUUUGGUGUUGUUAUAAAUCUGUGAUGGCUAUAUCAGAUGGUUUGAUCGUUGUUUUUGAAAAUCCAUAUACAACCGGUUACACCGUAAUGUUGCCAAAUUUCACUUAAUCUGAAUAAUCUUAUUCCAACUUUCUAUUGGCCAACUGGCACAUCGCCCAGAAGCCCACUGCACUUCACCCCUGCACAUUAUGAUAAAGGUUUGGUCUAAUUAUCGCUAUAACUAAGAUUGGUAGAGCCACAUGCUGUAGUAGAAAAUGAAAAUAAAAAAUAUAUGAUUAUGUAGUAAAAUAUACUUCAAAUGACCGUUUAAAUUACAUGAAGAGGUUCAGUAGUUUGUAAGCUCUUCUGCUAUUAAUGUAAUGAACAAGAAAUUUAGCUCGAAAAUUCGAAAUGUGUUAAGUUUAUUAUCAAAGAUAGCUAGUUAAGACAUAGAUAGAGGCAGCUUAUUGUCAAAUACCUUCCGGCUAUAUGUCCUAUCGAGCUUAAAAGGCACCAAACUGAGUUUAAAGUUCCUCCUCGGAAUUGUCAUGGAAUUCAUUCUGGUUUAUUUCAUAUAUUCAGUUCAUCAUGGCUAUAUUAGCCUAAGUCAAAUUUUCCUUGUGGUGGACUGGUGGUACUAUCAGUCUCCGAACUUGCAGACUCUCUAUUGCUUUUGGAAUGUGCAGAGUAAUAAACGUCAUAAAAUUAUAAUGUUUCUUUAUCAGUUGGCUGUAAGUUUAUUUGAAUUUGUUUUGAAUACAAUUGUUUUUAACCAGGUACUUGUAUUGGACAUCGCACGGUAGUGUUGUCAGCAUAAAUAGAGCAGGAAUGGACGGCUUCUCUCGUGAAAAAAUAAUUUCUGGUGGUUUGAUUAAUCCAUCUGACUUGACCCUUGAUAAAGUUAAAAACAUUCUUUAUUGGGUGGACGGAGGAGAAAAAGUUUACUAUAUCUCGUUGGAAACGAGAAAAAGAAAUGUAAGUGGUAAUGAGAUGGUUUCUAGUGCGAUUUGGAUAAACAUACAUAAGUAAGUUUUUCUAAGUCGAUUAUAAAAGUUGAGUCGAUCUCGAAGGACGAGUGCAUUUUGACGUCUUUGAAACAGUCACGAGUGUAUGCUUUUCCAAAUUUGACGAGAAAUCAUGCUGUUACUUAUUAGUGGUAUACUAGACUUGGAUCAAGUCCGUCUUGAGAAAAGUAGGGAGAGAUGGACUUGGGACAUUCGCAGCAUUUCGAAUGUUACUUGCAAAAAUUUGUUGCUGUUGUUGUCAACUCGCAAGCCCAGCCUACGUAGGAAAAAUCCGACGGUAAAUUUUGGCGCACUUGCAAAUGUCCCAAGUCCCUCACCCCUUACUUUUCUCUCAUAUUUUCGCGCCUUUUUUCACCCCUCGCGUGUAUCGCUGUUUUCAACCCCUUGAGAUACAGACUUGAACCAAGUCUGGUGGUAUACUAUUAUAAGUAUUGUUUUCAUUGCUCGUUUUCUUUCCUUUUCAGUCUAUGAUUUCGCUGUGAUUAAAAUUCACGCACGAUUUCCAGUUAAAAGUGUACAAAAAGUCAUCAAAAAAUGAAAAUGCUGCUGUCUGCCGCCAAGUUGAUUUUCCCUGGCUCGUUUACACUCUUGUUUUGUUAAUUUGUGAAUUUUCACUACAGAAAUCGACAGUGUGCAAUUUAAAAAGAAUGUAAUCAGGAUGCGUAAUUUUUAUGUAGGCCUACAUAUAUUGUCUGCAGGGGAAUAAAAAGCUUGAAGAGAUUUUGCCCCGAACAUAUCUGUGCUGAAAUAAGUAAGAGUUAUAAACCGAGUAGGAGGUUUAUAACUGAUAUAUUGACCCCGAGGACGCGUAGCGUCCGAGGGGCAAUAUAUCAGUUAUAAACCGACUUUCGAGGUUUAUAACUAACUUAUAUCACACUUGUGGAGGUUUUCCAACAUAUGUUGUCAUUUUCAAAAAUUUUUAAUGAAAAAUUCUCGCGUUUUGUCUACAAGUUUAAUCCAAUUAUUUAUUCAAGGUAUAUAAGCUAGUUAUAAACCUCGGACGAACAAAGAAAACCGACACAAGUGUGAUAUAAAUGCAGUUAUGCCACACAUAAUGAAGGGCUAUUUCAUUGCUGUAAUAUAUAGUUCUUUUGGACAAGUUUUAUUAUCAAUCAUCUCUUGACUCUUAUUUUUAUGCCAGGAGUGUUUCUAAUUCAAGCGUGUAGUCAAACUAUACCCCUUGGGAUAGUCCAAGAACUCUUUAAGGGUUCAAUAGCCCCUGGCUCGAUACUUCUUCGUCUGAGAUGAUUUCAUCUUACCAAACAUUUUUCUCAGAUUCAGAAACCAACAAUAAAAUGUAUAUAGUAUCAAACAAUCAAAUGCUUCAAAAUCUUUUUCUUACAUUUCCAAAUUUUUAAUAGUUUUAUAAAGUUUCGUAUUAUUCGACGACGUUGAAUCCAUUCACGAUUGGUAUUGAUGGAGAUCGGUUCUUCUGGACAGAUUCUAACUUGAAGAAAGUACUGCUCAUGAAUCUUGGGGAGAAGAAUGACGCAAAAGUUAUUGGAAAGUAUAAGUCCAAUCCUGUAAGACUGGCGGUAUUUGAGCAAGUACAAGGCCAAGGUAAGGUAUGGUCGUACCGGAUGUGGAUCUGAUUUCAUAUUAUACUUAAAUCACUAAAGCUCUAUAGAUCAAUGAAACAGCUAGCAAGCACUUCAAAAUUGCGGGAAUAAGUUAUAUUGGUAUAAUACGAACUAUAUCUGGAAUCGCACGAUCUAUGCUGCAUGAGAACAAACGAUACUUGCGAAACCGCUUACUGACGUUUGACUCAAUGGCCUCGUUUUUGUGUCAGGUAUUUACUUGUGUUUCUUGCACAAUAAAGUAAAGAACUAAUUACUUGUUAUUGGGCUUAAGAAAAACCAGGAACCAAAUCGUGAAGGAUCGAAACAUGGGAAUAUAACCUUCAUGUGCGCCUGUCAUGCAAAACAGGUAAACACGAAAACGAGGCCAUUGGGUCAAAAGAGCUUUAAUAAGGUCUAUUAUCAUACAAAUUAAUGUUUUAUUAGAUAAUUAUAACUUAGUGUAUAAAUUGCAACAAAUUCUGAAUGUUUAGCUAGCUACUUAAAAUUAUGAAUAAAAUUUAUUUUUAGAAAAUCAUCCUUGCACAUCAAAUAAUGGUAAUUGCAGUCAUCUCUGUGUGCUGUCGCCUUCACAAACUUUUCGUUGUUUCUGCCCUGCAGGAAGACAUCUAAGGGCUGAUAAUAAAACAUGUCAAGAUGGUAAGAACAUUAAUUUAUAUCACGAAGAUUUGUUCACCUUUAGACAAAUGACGAAGAUAUUAAUUCAUGAAUCAAACCUUUGGUGAUGUUAUGUAAUAUUUCUAAUCCGACUAUGAGGACUGGACAUUGGAGGAUUUGAAAUGACAUCUCAUGCGAAUUAAUCACUGCUUAAUUAGUUUGGAUCCAGUCCAAGGACUGAAUUAAUUUUGAUCCAGUCCUAGGACUGGGUCAAUGUACUUCAUCAGGUAUCCAGUAUUAUCAUGCGAGCAAAAAAAAAGCAAUACAGUUGGGUAAUUUACUCAUGAAUUAUUAAUGAGUUUGUUUUCAAAUAACGAACAUUCCUUGUUACAUGCUAGAUUUUUGUAAAUCUUACAUAUUAAUGAUAAUAGAGAUAUUUCAUGCACCCCUGUUCACGAAGAGAAAAGAUGAUAUUAUAUAUUAUGGAUCUUGUCUGAAUUCUCUUCUUGUGAAACGUUUAGACUUGUCAUUCUUUAAUUUCCUUUUUUCCUCCAAUGCAAAACCAAUAACGUUUGCAACUGAUAUUCACAAGUAUAACACUGCACUAUAAUUUUGUCGGAGCGAUUAUCCAGCACUUCACAUUUUCAUUCUUCACAUUGUCAGCGUCAGAGAUGUCACGAUUCGUGUUGGUUAACAGUAAUGGACGUCUUUAUCAAGUUCCACUCAGCGUGCCAUACAAAACCGAUAUAAUGAUAACAAGUGAGGGAAACAAGGAUGUUUUCGCUUUUGACGUUGAUGUUAAACACAGGUAUGAUAGCGUUAUGCUUUUUCAAUGACUAAAUAAAUAUUUGACUCAGUAGAGGCAGUAGACAUAUGUUUUCCGAAAUAUAUCUGCCUAUCAUCAGGCAAUACACACGGUCACUUGAAACAAAAUUAAUAUUAUUGUGGAAAUUGGGAAAUAGCUGGAAAUGCACUUCUUACAUGGGAAUCUAAUUUUCAAUUUUUUCUGUGGGACAUGCCCCCAGUCUCAUGUGGGGCAUGCCCUCAGAGGGUUUGUGAACCCUAAAAACGUUCAUGCGGAGGAUAAUUCAUGGCACUGCUUUCAGGCAUAAUUAUUUCAGGCCAAAAUGUUCUUUCAUGCUGAAAAAUCAUCAACCACUUCUGUCUGUAAAUAUGAGCAGCAAAAAGGCUAAAUAUAACCUAGUUCAGAAAGUUGUUUUAAUGUUUUCGUAACCAAUCCUUGUUUUCAUGCUAGAUGAUCAGUCUGUCUAGCUGAAAUAUUUCAUAAAGUUGUGAUUGACCAUGUGAUUGAAAUUAUUUUGCUACAAAUUUUGCUAGACGUUUCUUCAUUAUAUAUAAACACAGUUAUUAGGAAUCAAUUUUAUACAUCAUUAUAGGUGAUAUUAAAGACACCCCAAACUGAAUUAAUUUUCUAUUCUGAUGUUAGUUUCAGGUUUAAAACGAAGAAUCUUUUAAUUAAUUAAUUAAUUAAAUCAGGAGUGCAUGUAAUACUAAAAAGAUAUAAAAAAUUAGUAUAUAUGGCUCGUGAAAGGUCUCCUCUGGAGAUGUGGAAGCGCUUUCAGUCUUGCUCAUCCUCGUGGAUUCUUUACUUAUACUUUGUACAUUCUCUAAUUCGUGCAUUGGAUUACUUCAUUUUUUCCUAGAUCUGUGUAUUUUAUCAAGAAGACGAUCAAGAAAAAGGAAAUGUGUCAUGUUUCGUUAUCUGGCGGAAACCAUACCUGCAUUCUCUCCGAUAUACUUCGUGCUCCUGGUGAUAUUGCGUACGACCCAGUACGACAUUACAUUUACUGGACUGACUUUCUUACUAAGAAAAUAUACCUCGCUGGCAGAAACGGAGAAUUUUGGACCGUGAUUAUUUGGAAGAAUUUAGAUUUACCAUCAUCUAUAACAAUUGCAUAUCAGCAUGGGUAAGUUUUAUAACUAUUUUUUUUUUCAUUUCAUGAAUUUAGUUCGUAUAUAAUUAUAAUAAUUAUUGAGGAUAUUUCACGGUAGCAUGGGAUGUGGAUUGCGGAUGAAAAUUUUCAUCCCGGUCAGGAGUUAGAAGAGUUAAUAUGGAAAAUUUCACCUGAGAUCCUACCUAGCCAGGCUACUGUAGCUCAUCUCUCAUGCAGGGCCGCCCAGAGGUUGGCGGGGGCCAGGGGAAAAUUUUUCUUUAGGGGCCCCUAUCUUUUCGGUCAGUGUACAUUUUAGGGGUAAAAAAUUUUUUCCGGAGUACAAAAUUUUGCCGGACAAGUACGUUGCAAAUGCUUUCGAGGGACUUUAUCUCAUUUUUUUAUGCCAAAAUUCGUUACUUAGCCCAAGAAAACAGAUAUCUUGUCCUUUGCGCGGAAAUAUUUAACACACAAAAAAGGCUGGGGCCCUACAAAAAUUUUUCAGGGGCCCCCAGUAACUCGGGGCCCGGGGCAAUUUGCCCCCUUUGCCCCCCCCCCCUCUGGGCGGCCCUGUAUAGAAAUUGUCCAUACUCAGAGGUCAUAUUCAAAUAUACACGAAACUCGUUUGUUUGCCGCCUCCAGGGACAUGAGACAUAUUUACAGCAAUAAAAAAAUUGCUAUAAUUAUGUUGAGUUCAACUCUUUUUAAACGUAAAAAUAUUGUAAACUGAUUUUUUAACUGUCUGCCUUAAGUUGCUAACCUUGCACAAUAAUUAACAGUUAUUCUACGAACUCGAGUCGAAUAUGAGCUGAUAGCCGAUGAGGCGCGUAGCGCCGAAUCGGCUAUCGCUCAUAUUCGACGAGAGUGAGUGGAAUAACUGUUUUAUUAUAUACACAAGGUCUGAGUUCACAGACUUUGCUUUUCGAAUAUUUUCAAUAUUUUUCUAUUUUGUUUAUGUUUUUAUCUUCGCUCUUUCGGCCGAUUAUUUUUUCAAAAAUAUAUAUUUUUAACCAUUUUAAAUAUUAAAAAUUUAUUUGCUAACCUGAAAACAAUUUGUGGGAGUUUUUCAUUGUGUUUUUAAUCCUGUGAAGGCUAUAAAAAGCGACAACUUGCCGUUUUCUCGUUUGCAAAACAUCGUAAAUUCAGUUUGGCCGCCAUUUUGUUUUUCUCUACUAGCAGGAUAUGAGCUAAUAUCCUGCUAGUAGAGAACCAAUCAGAUUGCAGAAUACCUCAUAUCCAGACCUUGUGUAUAUAAUAACAAUAUAUAUAUGGUAGGUGAUGUCAAGAGAAAUAUAAGAACAUUAGAAUGUUUAAUUAAACUGAUAAUUUGUUACAUUUCAGAUUUACACGAAUGGUUCGAACAGAAGACAACCAGAUGCUUCAUUGGAAAACUACGUCACUUCGACCAUCAUGGAUGUGAUUGCUAACUUCUUUACCUCACCGUUCUCACAAUGUAGCACUACAAUUGAUGUUAGUAAUAUUUAGUUUUAAAUUGUUGUACAUGCAUGUUUGUUAGACUGGAAACUGUAGUAUAAUUAAUAUAUAAAUAUUUUUUGAUACUCCCUGCAUGUAUUUAUUCACAGUUCUUCACAUUAUAUACAGUAGCGGAUAUUGGGAGAGGGCGGGUAGGGGCCCUAAUAAUUUUGAAUGAUAGCUGAAUAAAUGUGUAACAAAGCUGUAACCAACCUGAUACUCAGGGUCGUCACCUUCGCUAUCCGCGAAGAAUAUAUUACAAUAUAGAGAGCCAUGCAUGCAUUGCGAUUACAGGGCCGCACUACAAUGUUCAAAUAGGCCAUUGUUUCUGUAGCGGAGGUGAAUACCUUGAGUAUCAGGUUGAGCUGUAACAAUAAUUUUCCAACCAUGAAAGGAUUGGUAAGCUAUAAAUUUAGCUAUAUAUUGCAUGACAUUUAAAGCAAAAAGUCUAAAGACCUACGAUUUCAAGCUACAAAAGGUGGUUAUAUGGUUGGCAACCUAAUUCAUGAAGAUUUUACUGAUUUUUAUAUGGAAGUUGGGACUAUUACAUUAUAGUAAAACUCGUGUGGUUUUCUUGUAAACAUUGUCAACUAUUGUGUUGGAUGAUCAUAGUCAACAUAAAUUCCCCUGGCUUGUAGGCUGGUUUUGUCGUAUUAGCUAAAGUUGGGGCCCGAGUCACCAUUAGUGAAAAAGAUUUCUGAGUUUAUAUAAAAAUAUGUUAAACGCUUUUAUAAGACACAGCUAUUUUUGUACUGCCAGACAAUUAACUAUACUGUGUUACUACUCGCAAACUUUAUUGGAUAUUCCUUGUGAUUUUAGGCACACCAAUUGGUGUUCGUCAAAAUUCUGCAGAGUGUUUACCGUUUAUCUCAAUGUUCAUCGCUGACUGGUUCUCAGAAAUACAACGUUGAAAACUGUAUUCGAACUCUCUGUGAAGUAGGUAGGUGGAGGUGGUACUCUCUUAUAGUAAAAUCCAUGCAUGAUCUUCACUUAGCAACGAAGAAAGUACUUAUAACAUGUUUUGCCUUAACAUUGCAUAAUUGACCGUUAACUUUAAAUAUAUAUAUUCGAUCAAAUAGAUUUUUCUCGAGCAUGCAUUUUGAGACAACAACUGUUUCUUAUAAUUAUAAUUAGUGGUGAUUAUGUAUUUUCGUUUUUAUCGUCAAUACAUCCAAUAUUGAGAAACAACAUGUUGCAACACCUGAAGCACGAUAAGUCCAAGAUAUAAAGGUUUGAAGUCUUGACGUUGAGCGUUUUGGUUUAACAAUAUAUAAUUGUAUAAACUCGAACAGUCUGUGCCAACGUGGAUAAUGACAAGAACACCAGAAAACUGCGGAUUUAGAGGGAUUCGAUCUACUACCUGAAAAUAUAAGCAGAACGUCGACGUUUGCGAUGUGCCUUCUUAUUAGAACGUCCAGACGAAGUUCCUUCUUAUUAGAACUUCCAGACGAUGUGCCUUAUUGGAACGUCCAGACGAAGUUCCUUCUUAUUAGAACUUCCAGACGAAGUACCUUCUUAUUAGAACGUCCAGACGAAGUUCCUUCUUAUUAGAACGUCCAGACGAAGUUCCUUCUUAUUAGAACGUCCAGACGAAGGUCCUUAUUAGAACGUCCAGACGAAGUGCCUUCUUAUUAGAACGCCCAGACGAAGUACCUUCUUAUUAGAACGUCCAGACGAAGUUCCUUAUUAGAACGUCCAGACGAAGUGCCUUCUUAUUAGAACGUCCAGACGAAGUUCCUUAUCAGAACGUCCAGACGAAGUUCCUUCUUAUUAGAACGUCCUGACGAAGUUCCUUCUUAUUAGAACGUCCAGACGAAGUUUCCUCUUAUUAGAACGUCCAGACGAAGUUCCUUAUUAGAACGUCCAGACGAAGUGCCUUCUUAUUAGAACGCCCAGACGAAGUACCUUUUUAUUAGAACGUCCAGACGAAGUUCCUUCUUAUUAGAACUUCCAGACGAAGUCCACUAACUUCCACACGAAAGACCUUCGCUCGAAACGUCGACGUUUUGCUUGUAUUUUUCAGGUAGUUGAAUCCCUAGUUUUCUGAUAUAAUUAUAUAUUAAGAUAAUGGUAUACCAGUAAAGAGUCAUCACUUGUGCGAUGAUGGUCUGUGAAGAUCGGUGAAGAUAGCGGUGAUAAUAAACAGCAACAGUAUGUAGGAGGUACAACUACCUGAAAAAUACAAACAGAACUUCGGCAUUUCGAACGGCCUUCGCUCCAAACAUGGACGUUCUGCUUAUAUUUUUCAGGUAGUUGAUCGAAUCCCUCUAAAUCCGCAGUUUUCUGGUGUUCUUGUCAUUACCCACGUUGGCAUACCAAAAAUACAAAAUCACCACUAAUAAUAUAAUUAUAACAAACAGUUGUUUUGUCCCAAAAUGCAUGCACUCGACAAAAAUCCAUUUGGGCAAAAGGCCAUGAAAAUUGCUAUUUUUCAGGCAGUUAUAUCUCCUACAUACUUGUAGUAAAUAAGAUUUUGCCAGCAUCCUACAGAUUCCUAUCGCUAUUAGUGAUUUUUAUACAUGCGUGCACAUCUUCCACCAUUAUUACAUCUCGAAACGCAUGUUCUCCUACUAGGUUUGAAAGUUACUUUUAUUGACUUGCUUUGUACAAGAUAAUUAUAUGUUGUUUUGCAUCAAAAUAGAAUUUUUUUAAAUACUGUAUUCUAAUUUUCUUCAGCAAAAACACGAUCUAUCGCCAUUCCUGGGGAUUUGGACGCUCAGAUAACGAUGAUGUUUAAUCAGACCAUUAUAAUGGCGAAAAGUACACAGAAAUGGUUGAGUCGUGGGAAAAAGAAGGAAUCAGUUGUCAAUAAACCAAUUUCCAAAGACUACAGAAAUAUUAUUGAAGGCCUUCAGGUUAGCGAAAUGUGUAAUUAACACAGGGAAAAAAUGAACUUUCUAUUCUCUUACCAUUAUUGGUUAUAAUAGAUUUCCCAUGUGGUAAAUUAGUAAAACAUUUCAAUGUAUCUGUAUAUAUAUUGAUUUAGACAUCAAUUCAUUUUUCGUUACAAGAGUUUCCCACUCCAUAUUUUUAUAGCGAUUUAAAUGUGAUUAUUCGAAAUUUUUCAGGACAUAGUGUGUUUACUGGAAGAACAGUUGCGUCCUUUAAUCCAAGCAGAGGAGUCUGUACUGGUAGAUAUCUUGUACAAACCUGAGCUCAUGUUCCCUCCAAAAUCUGAAUGUCGCUCAAAGUCUGAGAAAGGAGGUUUCAUUUCCAGGUACAAGUUUACACACUCACCAAUUAUACGUCCGGAUUGUUCGGAAAGGGGCUGUUUGCUGGUGGUUGAAAAAUAUUGAGAAACAGCAGGAAUCACCAGUAUACUAUAUUAUAAAGAUUAUAUAGUUUAUACCAUUAUUUUUGUUUUCGUAUAACGUUUUCCGAGGACUGAUCAUUCAGUGACGAAUGGUAUGCGUAUGAGAAGGCAGCUACUUUUGUAGGGCGCUAUUUUCCGUGGCAUAAAUACAGUUUAUCAGAUAUAACCUCAUCGUAUUAUUUGUUAUUUUGGAAGGUAACAAUUGUAUCAAUAUACAUGCACAAUGUAUAAUAAUAGAUACUUUACUGUUUCACUUUUGCCCCACAAACUAUUAAAGAGUAUGGACAACAAAAUUUAAAUAUGUUUAGACUGAAAGAACUCCUUAAACUGUAGAAUAAGUCAUCUUACAAAAUUUUUAUAUCUUUCUUUGGUUAGAAGAUAUUUCAGUUUAUUUGAUAUGUAAAUAACUAAAUAAAUAAAUACGUCACAAGCUGGGUAAACUUUUUAACAGUCUACAGGACUUUAGCCAAUGGAAUCAUCAAUACAGACUUCAAUGAUUUCCUCUAUUUUGAACAUUGAGCUUUAUGACUUUGGCGUGACUGCCAUCUUUGAAAAUAUUUUAUCAGCUUGUGACGUCAUAGAUCUGUUUCAUUUGGAUAUUAUUAAACAACCUAAAAUAUCUCAAGAACGAAAAAGAUAAAGAAAAGCUGUGAAGUGACUUAUUUUACAGUUUAACGAGUUCUUUCUGUAUAAACAGACUUGAAUUACAUUGACCACACCCUUUAAAAAAUGUGUUUAGGUUGAUAAAACACACAGAACGUUUUGUAGAAGAUGAGGAAGGUUUAUGUAUUCAAGUCUUACAACAUCUUAGAAACAUGGUUGAGAGAGAGACACGUUUUGGACGGAAGGUAGGGUUCGAAGAUUUUAUUUCGUGGAGAGAUUAUUAUGUUAACAUGAUCUGUUCAGGUCGAAGAUUAUUUGUGGGAAAUAUUUACAUAUUGAGUUGUUGUGCAAGCGAUAGACCUCAUACCACCACUUUUCUCUGCGUUAAGUUCAUCAGUGAGCCAUGACGGUAAUUAAUGUAUCAACAUUUGAAUUUAUAUGUUCUGUUUCACACAUGAUUUAUAAUGCAAAGAAUGUACUUGUAUUCUAGUUCAUCGUCAAGUCUUAUUGUCUAAGGAUUUAAUUAUACUGUGAUUCAACUCGAGCAAGGCUUGUUAGUUUUAAUUAUAACGAUUUAAUUUCUGGCUGUACUCCAAGUGCCACAAAGCUCCUCUGCGAAACCGUUAAAAUUCGAUCGGGAGUUACAUGCAUUAUAAUAAUAUUUUAAAGUUCAUUUCCACUUGGCAACCAUAUGAAGUCCGCGUGGUUUCUCGUGUUGAAAUGUUACCAUUGUAUACACUCAUACUGGUCAUACUCGCCUUUCUUUCAGGCUGCUAAUUUAAGAUCAUUAUUGCUGAAACGCUAUUUCGGAGACAACUAUCCAAAAAUAAUGGAAGCAUCCGAGGAUAAAACAUCACAAACUAAAAAUACGUCAGUGCGUGGUGAUACACGGAUCCUUAAACGAGCUGGAGUGAGUUUAGCUGAAAUGCAAUGUCAACUAAAUAAUUGUGGUGCCACAGAUUUAGUUAUUGAUAUUAUUAUGAAGAAACCCAGUUAUCAUGUGUUUGUUGAGUGCAUCAAACUUGGUAUCUCGUUACUCGAAGGUGGAAAUCACUUGAUUCAGGUAUGCAAUCCAGAUGAUCUUGAUACGCGGAAAAGUACUGGCACUAGUUGUCAAAUAGAAAUCCAUUUUAUGAUUAAAACAACUGAAUAUCUCCUGUAAUAUACUCUAUUUCGAUUCCAUAUUUUUGUCAGAGCUAUAGUUCUCAUAACCAAACAUAAUUACAAAAUUUCAACUAGUUUCAUAAAGAAUAACGGAAGAUAUAAUUGACUGAAUACAUCAAAAUGGAUUUCUAUUCGGACAACCCUUUCUGAGCGCUGAUUGGCUAAAAUACGAACACGAGAUCACCUGGAUAUAUAAUUGCUACAAUGUAUCAUAAUUUCCAUUAUUCCCACAUAGCUGCAAGUCGCUACACCCUCGCAUUAACUGGUCGCAUCAAUUAGUCAAAAUGUUUCAAUUUCAAACAUCGAAAAAAAUAAUGCCAGCCGAAAGCUUUUAAACAUACAAACAAAACACAAUCCAAAUAUUAGCAUCUUGAAACCCAAGAUAUGGAUGAAAUUCGCGAUAUUUCGACUUUAGUAUUUUUGCACAAGUGAAUAUAACAAAUCCUACAAGUUGAUUGGUCAAAUUUGACAUAUUAAGCUGUUAUAUUCACCUACAGGUGAAUAUAACAAAACCGAAAUUUUCAAAAUGGCGGCUAGCCGUUUUGUGGAAGUUACUGAUAAACAAAUAAGCGAAAUUAGAAUAAAUUCCGUCCCAAAAAACACAAAAGACUUGUGUGUAAAAAUACUAAAACAAUUAUUGCUAACUUGGAAUUCCGAUGUUUUGAGCGAACACAUUUUAUCAUAGGCUUAUUUGGAUAAUUGUACUUAGGCGAUUUAAGGAGCGAGAUUUAGAUGUCGGAAGGUUUUCUUCAGGCUCAACUCACAUACUGAUCCACCUCUUUCUAUCUCUUGGUAUAAAGAAUAAUCCAACUUUUAUUUACUCUUAUAGUAUGUGCCCAUAUACCAUCUUAUCUUCGCUUUCUGUGUAUUAUCUCCACAUCUUCUUCCGACCUCUUUAUUCUGCAUCUUGUUCUUCAGUGACGUGCAGGAUGAACAGAAAAAUGGUGUUUCAUCAUUUUCAUAUUAAACUUUCUUCGGUUCUAAUGUCCAUGGAAACUCAUUGCCUAGCCUUCUCCGCAGGCCUCUCUAUGGGUUCUAGCCUGCGAAUGGGUUUUGAAAAAAAUUUUACUUUCUCCCACCACCCGAUUCGUCGGGUGAGAUGCCUGCGGAGGAGGCUACUCAUUGCCCGAGUAUAACAGUUUUCUUUUGCUGUUAUCGUUUGAUUUUCAGAUAUCAUUUUAUGGUCGUUUUGUAAAUGGGAAAUCUGAAGCAUUUUUCCAAAAUGUCCAUGAUAAAAUGAAAGAAGCAGACAGUGCUAUCAAGAAUAAUAUGAUAGUCAUGGCUGAAAGCAAUUGCGUAACAUCAGAAUCCAGUGAAACGCCCCAAGGUAAUGCACAACAAAAUACUGCCAAGUCAACUUCUGGAAGGAAAAACACCUUUGGAACAGGUAUGAAUGUAUUUUUACACUACCAAUGGAGUGAUAAAAGAAAAUAUAUAUGAUUUGUUGCAAACUACAAUCUGACCUGGUUUCUAGUUGAUAGUGGCGGUCAUAGGUCCCGAUGUAUUGGAUGAAAACUCCAUUUGCUGCAGACAAGAGACGAUACAAAUGGUCAAGGCUUGGUCGCGAAGCUGCAACUAAAUUGAGACCAUGCUUUAGAAAAAAUUCUUUCCUGUCUAAACCUCGCGGCUUUGCUUCAGUUUUCACCAACAAUGUACAUUACUUUUGACUUCUUCGAAACUUCGCUUGCAGCAUUUAAAAAUUAUCUUAUGCUAUUAAAUUGUCUCAUCUUGUCAGUUUUGUGUAUCGUUUUCCUUGGCUGUAAAUGAAGUUUUUUUCGUCUCAAUUUCAGGUUUGCAUACGCUGCCUUCGUACCUCGAUAUGAGUGAUGAAGUUAAAGAACAGUUGGCUGAUGCAGCCACACAUACUACCCGAGCUUAUGCAGUUGUUCGUCGUAGUCGUCAACCCGAUGCUGACACUGAGCACGGAAAAACUGGAGCAUCAGAAAACAGAUCACUUGCAUCUGCUAGGUCACCGGGGUUCAAUGGGGGAUCCAGCGUGGCCUUGAAUGAAGUCCUCUUGGUGAAACCAAUUAUGAGAAUUUUGCAACUUCUCUGUGAAAAUCAUAACCAUCAUUUACAGGUAAGAAAUGAACUCAAACAUAGAUGUGCUGACUAGUGACUAACAAUUGUUGAGAAAGCUCUUGGGUGUUGAUUCUCGCCAGCCUGAAAAAUAUAAAGACAAUGGAUUCUCUGACGUUCGGUGUAAAGCUCCUUUGUCACUGAUUUAGUAGAGCACACUGCCUUUAAAGUGAGCUUCCCAGACAGAGAAAGAGGAACUUUUCAUGAGUAGUUUUACUACAAGAGAAACUCAUACCCGAAGAAAACUGCGGUGUUUGAUAGUUGAAAAGGAAACAUUCUCUCGUACAAUGCCGGGAAAUUAUUUCACCAGAGAACUUCGCAAGGUCACUGCAUAAUGAAUUGAAAUACUGUGCACUAACCAUUGAGCGAUUUUGUUUCAGAACUACAUACGAGAACAAGACAACAAAACAAGUUAUAAUUUAGUUUUGCAAACUUUACAAUUUUUGGACUGUAUUUGUGGGAGUACGUCGGGGAGUCUGGGACUGCUCGGUUUAUAUAUCAAUGAAGAUAACGUGGAGUUGAUCAAGCAGUGUUUGGAAAGUUUAACUGAGUAUUGCCAGGGACCAUGCCCUGAAAAUCAGGUACUGUAUGAAAUCUAUUUUCUUAACAUUGAAACCCUUAUACAACUAUAUUUUGUAUGUAUUGCUAUCGUGCGCGUCAAUGUGUUAGUUACUGUAUUCGUUAGUGUGUUAUUUGCCGGCUUCUUGUUAAUCAUGCAGCGACUCACUUAAAUCACUUAAAGUGAUGAAAUGCAUUAGAACUAUAAAUGCUCUGGGCUAUUCACAAAGUAAACACCGUUGUACAACAACAUGUAAGCUACUUCAAUGAGUGGAUAUUUGUAUGCCAAAUGCAUCCAUAAAAUUUGGUUAAAAUUUACCAGUUUUUACCUUAUAAUCAAUGCAACUGUUUGUAUUUUAGAAUGACAUAGCACUGCACGAUUCCAAUGGUGUGGAUAUAAUUUCGGCAUUGGUGGUAAACGACAUCAAUCCUCUUGCGAAACAACGAAUGGAUUUAGUAUUGGAGCUCAAGGUAAAGUGUGUAGUAUAUGGGUAAAUGAUAUAGGACAAUAUUUUACGGUGGCCCAUAUGUGCAAAACACCCCCCAAAAAAUUAUUGCACCCCAGGGGUCACAAAGCACCCCAAUAUGCAAAUCAAAUUGCAACGGUUAAUAUGAAACACCCCCCAAAAGAUUCGAAACACCCCACAAAAGAUUCGAAACACCCCCAAAAGAUUCGAAACACUCCAAAAUAUUCGAAACACCCCAAAAUAUUCGAAACACCACAAAAGAUUCGAAACACUCAAAAAGAUUCGCAACACUCCAACAGAUUCGAAACACCCCAAAAAAUUCGAAACAUAUUUGUAAUACAAGUCUUGUUGAACAAAAAAUUUGGUAAUAUUACUAUAAUAAAGUUUGCAAAUGAAGUGCAAUAAUUGUAAUACAGAAAUAUUGAGUACAUUCUUCUAUUGUCCAUCGUGUGGCAAGUGCACUCGUAUCGACACGCCAAUACAAGUGAAAAAUACUGAUUCUAACGCGGGAUGUCUUCGAGUUCAAACACCUCAUCCAAUUCUGGAGUGGGACAAAAAAGAUUUCGAUCAUUUCAAGCUGAGAAAGGACGUGAACGAAUUAGCUAAAUUAUCAAGGUCUCACCCUGGGUUUCACCAAGGAUUUUAGCUUUGCCUAGUAAUGCUUAUAUACCUUGACUAGUUGGCUCUUCCGGAUAUAAAACCUUUUCCAAUAGCAUGUAUGUAAAAGCAUUUGGACAUUUCUUUGUGGUGUGUGACUACCUACCAGAGCAUUGUGGUAGCAGCAGUAACGUACCAUAAGGAAUGUCAUUGUGCAUACGAUCUAUUGUUUAUUGACGUGCAGUACCCAUUAAACGGUGAAAGUAUUGUUUUGCCUCAUCUGCAGUCCAUUGGGAUCUAUCUGGAAGGCUCAAUUGCUGACAAAUUUCUUCAAAAUAUAUAUCAUAGUUGUCUUGUGAUUGAUAGUCAACGUGUGCUUGCAUGUAUGGUAUUAAUAUCCUCAUUGUCAGUAAGAAACUUGCAAUUGCGUGCUCCGAUAGAUUCUGGUAAAAAGUACAUUUGGUCUGGAACACCAGCUUGCGUGUUGUAACGGGAUCUUCUUAUGUAAUGGGUAUUCCAGCUUGUACGUACCUGAUCUAGACCUUGUUGUAAUAGUAAAACCACAAAAAAAAUUUCUGUAAAUCAUCACUUGAAUCCAACUCCCCUCUUUCUACUAUUUGUGAGAAAAAAAUUCAUCCACCAUGUUGUCCAAUAUUUACGUAAAUGGCUCUACCAUGCUUCUAUUCUCUGAUUAGAAGUGGAUGGCCCAUAUGCAUGGGCUUUUAAACUUGCAUGAUCAUCACCAUGAGAUCUACGUAAGAAGCACUGCAUUGUCGCCAUUAACGUGUUUUCAGUGCCUCUGUCGGUUCGUACCAUUGUUGGAUAACCCUGGUUCUGUUGGAUGCAACGGAGGUAGUAUUUAGAAAUUAUUUUUGGAUCAUUGUUGCUCUUGCAAACUACCAUCUCAAACUCAUUAAUAAUUCAUGAAUAAAUUAGCCAACCAUCUUGCUUUAUUUCGUUCACAUGAUAAUAUACUGGAUACCUGAUGAAGUACUUUGAUCCAGUCCUAGGACUGGAUUAAAAUUAAUUCAGUCCUUGGACUGGAUCAAAAUUAACGAAGUAGUGAUUUAUUCGCAUGAGAUGUCAUUUCAAAUCCUCCAAUUCGGACUGGACUAGAUUUCAAGUCCUCACAUUUUGAUCCAGUCCUCUGCUUCGCCUCGGACAUGACCAAAUUGCGCGGACUUGAAAUCUACUCCAGUCCUCAUAGUCGGUUUUGAAAUAUUACAUGCCAGCCAUAGAACGCGACAACUAAAACCGUCUAUACACCCAUGUAUUGGGAAUCUAUGCGGUUUUAGUUUGUCGUAACCAUCUGCGUGCCAGCAGAAGUUUGGACCAAGGUUGUUAUAAUCUCUUCGCUUAAGACGGUGUAAUCUACGUUCAUUAGAUCCUUCGGGAUCUAUUUCACGAAGCAGUCUUUGUACUACUCUUCGCGGCACUUUAACGUGAUAUUUCCUUCUAAUAAGCCGCCACAUUGCACGAUAUCCUAAUAGGCACCCGUCGCCAUUUAGUUCUUGUCUGAUCAAGUGAGCAACCCUUUCUUCGUCUAUUUCCUCUGGUGCAUGUCUUCUGCUCAAUCCAAAUUGCUUUAAACCAUAACAGACAGUUUUGGAAGACAUUCUUAUACCAUGAUACCGGAUAAGAACUGGAGGAUUACAUUGUGUUCAAAACCCGAAUGAAAAUAGUGGCGUAUAGCUUGUUCUUCGUUCAAAUAGCGGGAAUGAAAGGUGCUAUCCCAAUCAGGUCGACUUCUGCCAUUAAUACUUAAAUUAUAAUCACAAACACCAACAUUACUUGAUAAAAUCGGGAGCCCAGGAAAAACAAUCAGGGGGCGGUUGUUUAUAAGCCGGUUAGCUUAACCCUAGGUUAACUUUAAAAUUCAAAGCACACUUCCUAACAGCUUGUUUAUAAAUUUGGAAAUAUUUCUUCACAAAUCAUAUCUGGAUCAAUAGAAGUUUUCCUUUUUGACAUUUUGAAAUAAAUGGACGUGCGGAAGUACCCAAACUAAAACAGCGGGCUAAAUUUUAACCCUGGGUUAGCGCUAACCCACCUUUGAACAACCAGCCCCAGGAGGAUAUUAUUUAAUAGUAAAUUAAUUAAAUUCCAUUUAAUAGAUGUAUUUUGACGGGUUUCGAAUCUUUUGGGUUAUUGCGAAUCUGUGGGGUGUUUCAAAUCUUUUGGGGUGUUUCGUAUCUUUUGGGGCGUUUCGAAUCUUAUGGGGUGUUUCGAGUCUUUUGGAGUGUUUCGAAUCUUUUGGAGUGUUUUGAAUCUUUUGGGGUGUUUCAAAUAUUUUGGGGUGUUUCGAAUCUUAUGGGGUGUUUCGAAUCUUUUGGAGUGUUUCGAAUCUUUUGGGGUGUUUCGAAUCUUUUUGGAGGUGUUUCAAACAUGGGCGUACCGGAAAGAAAAAAUUAGGGGGGCGGAAACAAAUUCGCCCGACUUUUCGGGAUUUUGCCCGACUAGUACCCAAAAAUUUUUUCCGGAAAAAUUAUUUUGGCGACCUCCCCCCCCCCCGUCGCCAAAAAAAUUUCGGUCAGUGUACCAUUUUAGGGGUCAAAAAUUUUUUCCGGACAUACCAAAAUUUUUCGAAACAUCACUAAAAUUUUCCAAAAACACAAAAUUUACUAAAAAAUUUACUUAAUUUCCGACAAAAUUUACAGGAUUUGUGCCAUUUAUUUUUAUUACAAACCAAAAUUGCCCGACUGUUGAUCGAAUAUUGCCCGACUGUCCAAAAAACUGGGGGGGGGCUAUCGCCCCCCCCGCCCGGUACGCCUAUGGUUUCAAAUAUUUUGGGGUGUUUCGAAUCUUAUGGUGUGUUUCGAAUCUUUUGGAGUGUUUCGAAUCUUUUGGGGUGUUUCAAAUAUUUUGGGGUAUUUCGAAUCUUUUUGGGGGUGUUUCGAAUAUUUUGGGGUGUUUCGAAUCUUUUGGGGGUGUUUCGAAUCUCUUGGGGGGUGUUUCAGAUUAACCGUUGCAAUUUGAUUUGUAUAUUGAGGUGCUUUGUGACCCCUGGGGUGCAAUUAUUUUUUGUGGGGUGUUUUGCACAUAUGGGCCACCGUACAAUAUUGUGCCGUACAUCUGGAGAGAAACCGCUAGCGUGCUAGAGAACAUAGAACAGAGGAGCUGUGAACAAUUUAAAACUAACCCAACUCAAGCAAUUUGUCGCCAAGUUUGAACAACUUGUCCUCAAUUGAUUUAUUUUAUGUGUCUCCAACAGCUUCCAAUUCACAACUAGAGGCAAGAUAACUCACAUUCCUAGUAACCACAUUUGUACAAUCAUGGAAAUAAUAUCCGUAGACGUUUUUGAAACGUUUCUUAUCUUACUAUUUUACAAAGCCAUAUUAUUUUUAGUUAAUACACAAACGUCGAUAGUCGCUAGAAAUAGUAACUCCCCCUCCCCCUAAUACAAUGUUGGUUCAAACCAUGAUUUUUGGACCACCAGUCAACAUUGCAAAGGGGGAGGGGGGAAAUUUUUGAAAUUUUUCAAUAGUCUACGAAUUAAUUUCCAUGAUUAAGGAAAACGUCGAAUAGCACAAGGUGACUAUUAACAGAUCUGCAUCGAAGAUGUCGUACCAACAUUGCCUGUAUGCUCACAGGAUACAGCACAACUUUCCUCGUCAUUUUCAUGCUAACUGACAAUCAAGAACAAUGUAUUUAUUUUUCCAUCGAUUGUCCGGAUAGACUGUUGCGAUUUUGCAAACUGUACAUACUCGGGCAUAUUUUGUUAAUUAUAGGAGUCUAAUGUCAUGGGUGUUGUAAUUAGGGAAAUAACUAUAUUUUUUUAAAUGCAAGAUUUUCAAAUCUGUUUGCUGACGUCCUGCAUUUAUAAUGUGUCAAAUAACUGGAGUAUACUGUUAUCUUUCUAGAAUAAUGCUUGUAAGGCGUUACUGGCAAUUCUGGAGAGUAGAAAUGAUAGCGAGAACGCUGAAAGAAUUUUGUGUAGUUUGAGUCCAAAACAACUGGUAAGCAAUAAUUAUAGCAGCAAAGCUUGGUUUAUUAUUACAGCAGUUUCACGAGAUUCGCGACCUCCCAACACAAAAGUUCACUGAAGUAAUGUUUGUUUUUGACAUGCGGCAUCAGCUGAUGUAAUAUAAGGGGCGGACCAUUUGAUUUUUGAGAGGGGGAGGGGGGGUUGGAAGAUUCAGUCUGUGCAAGAAUUUUUUUUCCGUCCAGGGGAACAAGACAGAUAUUUUUUCCUGUAAAAGUGCAGCGCAAGGUAUUUUUUUCCCAAUAUAUUUGGCGGCAGGAUAUUUUUUUUUCCUCAUAAUAACGGCUUACAGUAACUUAAGGCUUUCAUAUAACUAUCGUCAGAGACGUAGCCGGGGUUUUCAGUCAGAGGAGGCCGAGAACUGAAUCCCAAGAGGGGCCAAGGAAUUUUCACUGUGCUUUAUUUUAUAUGGUUAUGUCUUAAUGUUCCCCACACUAAAACAUGCAGGUUUACUUACAAAAAAUGUAGAACUGCACCAAAACCUAAAACAUGCAGGGAUAGAGUAGAGGGGAGGUACAGUACAUGAAUGACCUGUAACCUUGGGGGGUUCGGGGGCAUGUCCCCCGAGAAAAUUUUAAGAAUUGAACCUCGGAAAUGCUAUUUCCUGCGUUUUCAGCCAUGGAUUCGUGCAACAACUUUGCUGUACUAAGCCUAAGGAACACUUACUGUCCUUUAUUUUAAACAAGGGAAAAUCACAAAAUGAGCUUUGAUUCAGUAUGUAAUAAAACAAGAUAAUGCGAUUUUUAACUGCCCUCCAAAACAACAAUGUUCCACCAAAUAUAGCUCUGUAGCUUUUCAAUCGUUCAUACAGAUAGCUUGUUGGGGAUCGGGUUGCAUCCUCUUCAGAAAUUUUUUAAAAUCUUGACUCUCUAAACUGGCAUUUUCGCAUUAAAAUCAUCGUAUAUACAGUAUACGUUCAACUUGCAUCCUGUAUAUGGGCAUUUGAAGCUUUAAAGUUUGGAGCUAUGUUAUCAAAAAACACACACAGACUCAACCAUUCAAAAAUACUUUUUCUACCAUGCAUAUUAGAUAUGUAUAAAUAACUUAUAAAAGAAAAGAAAGGCUUGCUGGGAAUCACUAAAAAAUCAUAGUGAUAGCGAAGGCAGUUCUGUACUACACUACUACAUUAUUUCAGCUUUCGUAGCGCUCUUAGCCCUUUUAUCUUCACCAUCGGCAUAUUUCCAACCUAGCUUAAGCUUCCAUCAUUAAUUAGUGAAUUUUUAGCAAGUAUACCGUUGGAUUUAAUCUGUCUUUCUCCACACUAGAUGCAUGAUAUAAUAGGGAAUUUGGCGACAUCGCCAAUUGACAUUCCUCAUCGUUAAUAGAGACCUUACGAUGUAGGACGGCAACGCAAUGACAACGGCCAGAAUAAAAUCAUUCAAAUAAACGAUUGUAAAGAAAAUUUGUAGACUAUUAUUGAUCGUAUCAAUUUAAUACUCUUUGGUUAGCUUGAAAUAGUGGCUUUAUUGUUGAGAAAAUUCUACCGUAGUAAUGAGCUAACUUGCUGAGUAACUUCUCGCGUCAUGAAAUGCUGGCGUUUUAUCCAAGACGUAAAAGUCGGUACUCGCGGUAGUUUCCCGUUGUAAACAGACCUUGGAUGACGUCUCAAACUUCCGUGGGAUAUUAAUUAUUCUUUUUUUUUUCUUAAAUAUUAUGAAUCUCAUUGUAUAAAUAGCCGUCGUCGUCAUAUUGCCGUCCCACAUCGUAAGGUCUGUAAUAUUAAAGAAAUAAAAUUAAACUUGACCUGACAAAUUGAAGUGUUUGUCAAUCUCACAAACAUGUCACUGUUUAAUAUUUCAGGUGGAAUCUUGCAAGAAAGUUUACGAUCAUGAAGGAUUUAACAAUAAUAAUGAUUUUGAAUGUGAUAUUUCACCUCGUGAUGUUGGACACAACAUUUAUAUCUUGGCUCAUCAAGUAUGUAUACCAUACCUAUUCAGUACGAAGUGA